AAAUUCCUGCGUAUCAGAAACUCACGAGGACGAGAACUCCACAGAUAUUUGUCGCUUUGUUUCCUUUUCCUUACCGUUUCUCCCCUCCACAAAUCUCCCAAAUCAUGAAACCCUAAUCCAGCAAUUAACGACCCUUUAAAUCUCGAUUAUCCUUUGCUUUCCCAAUCAGAUUCAUCCGUUAUUUAUUUUACAACAAAUGGAUGGGAACAAAGACGACGCCUUGAAAUGCUUGAAAAUCGGUAAGGACGCACUAGAAUCCGGUGAUAGAACUCGUGCUCUGAAGUUCAUUACCAAAGCUCGCCGCCUAGAUCCUACUCUCCCCGUCGACGAUCUCUUAUCGUCAAUAGAUAAGGAUUCGUCUCCCGAUCAAACGGCUGCGAGUACUAAUGGACCCACCGGCACCACAACCAAUGAAUCUAAAGUUCGCCAAAGGGUUCCCUCAACUGGGUCGUCUUCAUCUGCCUCUGCCUCUGCCACUGCCUCAUCGUCCUCAGCCACGUAUACUGAGGAGCAAAUCACUAUCAUGAGGCAAAUCAAGAAGAAGAAAGAUUAUUAUGACAUUUUGGGAUUGGAGAAAACUUGCUCUGUUGAAGAUGUUCGAAAAGCGUAUAGGAAAUUAUCCCUUAAAGUCCAUCCUGAUAAGAACAAGGCGCCCGGAGCUGAAGAAGCUUUUAAAGCUGUCUCCAAGGCAUUCCAGUGUCUUAGCAAUGAAGAAAGCCGGAAGAAGUAUGAUCUGACCGGGAGUGACGAGCCUGUUUAUGAGAGGCGGGCUCCAAGGCAUCAUGGAGGGCAGGGAGGAUACAAUGGAUAUAAUGAUGAUUUUGAUCCGGAUGAGAUUUUCAGGCAAUUCUUCUUUGGAGGAAUGCCGCCUGCGACUACCCAAUUCAGAAGUUUCAAUUUCGGGGGAGGCAUGGGGCCGAGAACAGCUGAUAAUGCAUCUGGGUUUAAUGUGCGUGCAUUGAUUCAGCUGCUGCCUGUUCUUGUCAUCUUGCUUUUGAACUUUCUGCCGUCUUCAGAGCCACUUUACUCGCUCUCCAGGUCAUAUCCUUAUGAGUACAGGUUCACUACUCAGAAAGGCGUUAAUUUUUAUGUGAAGAGUACCAAAUUUGAGCAGGAUUAUCCACCGGGUAGCCAGGAAAGGGCAACAUUGGAAGGGAAAGUGGAGAGGGAUUAUGCGUCUGUUCUUGCACAGAAUUGCAGAUUUGAGUUGCAGAGGCAGCAGUGGGGUUUUAUACGGGAGACGCCUCAUUGUGAAAUGUUGCAGAAGUUUCAGUCUGGGGCCUCAGCAGCCUGAUGAAAUGGAUCUGAGAUGCUCAUCUGGUACAACUGGAUCAAAUAUAAUUUUGAAGACAUGGAGCAUUGGGAUUUAUGGAGGAAAUGAAGGAUAAUGGUUGUGAUUUUUAGAUUCAAUAUUAUCAAAUAUGAAUCUUCUUUAUACCUUUCUCUCCCUUAGCACAUAAAUAAGGUGCUACAAACUUCUGGUCUCUUGUACAUGCUCAAUGAGUCUUCCUUAGAACAGCAUGUGCUAUAACUUGAGUUUUAGUUUGUGUUUAGCACUUGUUUCGAGUGCUUGCUGAAUAGUGCAAAUUACAGCUUAAUUACACCAUGACCAUCUAUAAUAGGUUACAUUAUCCAA